UAAACCUGUACAGUAAAAUUCAUCGAGAAAAAUGGAUUCUCUUAACGAAUUUCUUCUCCCCAAGCGAUUCAGCGUGUAUGGAUACAUCGUUGCAGUAUUCAAUGUAUUGGCUGGAGUCAUUGUUACCUUUAUAACGGGUAUUAAAUCGACUGAAAGACGACAAUUUCAAUGCAACAACCGUGGUGUUCUGGCUGACAAGGACUUCUUGACUACGAAGUGUUUUAAUCAGUACAGUCGAGAAUACAAUGCUUCUCUACCGCUGUAUGGCUUUGCAUUUGUGACUUUUACUAGUUUAGUUGUUGUUUGUAUUAUUUAUUCUUGGUGUUGUGUGAAAUCUCGAGUGGAACAAAUCGAACAAGAACUGACACCAAAUCAAGACAACCAGCGACUUUAUCCAAUCAGGAGUCGCCGUAUUUAUUUCUUUUAUUUGUUCCAGUUGCUUGUACGAUUUGGUUUUGGGAUCUUGUUUGGAAUUUUACAAUUAACGGGACUUUAUUCUUCGAAUUUCCCAUCGCAAUUUCAGUGUCAAUGGAAUUCCAAAGGAACAAGUAACGCAAACUUAAAUGUAACGCAUUCUAAUUCAUCGUCAGUAAACUGUCAGAACUCAUUUGCUGCAGAGAAAACUAGUUUGGCAAAUAUCAUAUGGAUUCUGCAUGUAAUCUUUGCAUGUCUUGUGUUGCUGGAAGUGUUUUAUCUUCUUGUUAGAGCUAGACAUGACAAGACUUUUAUGAGAGACUUAGAAUUUUGUCAAAGGCAUAUUUUCAACAGUCAACGGACUCCUUCAUCGCGAAGGGACCAUGCUGCUCGGAUAUUGGAACUGACAAAGCAUCUUGAUCCACUACUACCGACAGAUCCAACUGAAGAUGACAAUAGGAGAGCUAUAGACGAUGUUUAUGUCGAACUUGUUAUGCAUUCUGGUCGAGUCACGCAUGACUUUGACAUGUCAAAAAAGAGACACGAACUCUUAGACGUCUAUCUUAAACCACCAGAAACUUCGGUUAAAAUAAGUAACAUGAAUGAGCUUUUUGUUUCUGACAACAAAUCUUAUCGAAAUAUUCUCGUCGUCGGUCGUCCAGGAAUCGGAAAGACUUCGUUGUGCACGAAAAUCAUACGCGAUUGGUGCAAAGACAGAAUGAAUCGAUUCAAGUUUGUGUUCUUGUUUAGAUUUCGACAUUUGAAUGAAGAAAGAUUCAAAAAAAUAUCACUUCUACAAUUUCUCAACGAAGCAGAACACUCCAUGAAUGUAGAUCCAGCUAUUUUACGAAACAAAGCGAAAUCAAUGUUGUUUAUCUUUGAUGGUUUCGAUGAAUAUAA